UCUAUCACAUCGAGCAUUCUUCACUAUCGGACCAUUCAGGGUCGCAGUUUUCACAGCGAAAAGUACAACACGGAGUACUUUGCACCAAACGAUGAUCAGCAGAGUGAAUCUAUGGACAUCACACACCACUAUCUCACCCUUCUCCUUGACAAUAAGCUGUUCCUAGCGCCACUGAAGAAAGAUGUGCAGGCAACCUAUGAAUCACUAACGCAUGACAGUGAUUUUGCUGACGAGUUUCCUGGCGCCGAGAUCAUCGGCACUGACUUGUCACCUAUCCAACCAACCUGGGUUCCCCCAAAUAUCAAGUUUGAGCUCGAAGACGCGACCGGAAACUGGAGUUGGCCAGAAAACACCUUUGACUUUGUUCAUCUGCGCUACCUCUUUGGCGCCAUUGCCGACUGGAACGCGCUCUUUGCUGAAGCCUACCGCACUUGUAAGCCAGGUGGCUGGGUGCAGUCCUGCGAGAUCGAUCCCCCAUUUUACAGCGACGAUGGGACGGCUGAUGAUAAUACUGCCAUGCAGACAUGGAACACGGUAGUGAGAGAGGGAGGCAUCAAGUUCGGGCGUACCUUUUGUGUCGUGGAUGAGGGCCUACAGGUACCGGGACUGGAAGCAGCGGGUUUCGUCGAGAUCCAACAGCAAAACUUCAAGGUUCCUGUCGGUAGCUGGGCCAAAGACCCCAAGCUUCAGCAAGUGGGCCAGUUUCUCCGGUCGACCAUGGAGAAUGACAUGGAAGGGUAUACGAUGAUCUUAUGGCAUCAGGUCAUGGGUUGGCCCAAGGACGAAUACCAGGUUUUCCUCAUGGGUUUGCGCAAGGCGCUGAGGGACAAGCGGAUUCACUCGUACAUGAACUUGCGCUAUGUCUGGGCCAGGAAGCCAGAAGAGACGACUGAAGCCUAA